AUGCGGUCUUCUCUGGUGGUGUUCUGCUGCGUCUUUGCGCUGCAGUGUCUCCGGAUCUCUCUCUGUCUCCCGGCGCAGUACAGAGCCGCUCCGGUCUUUGAAAAGUUCCCCGACCUGAAGAAGCGGGGGAAGCUUCCUCACGCUCAGGACUCACUAAAGGAGGCGAGUUGGCCGACAAACGCCUCUAACUCGUGGAACCGACCCCGCUGUGGCGUACCGGACUACCCGGCCCACAAGGAGGUGCAUUAUCGGGGGCGACACCGCCAGAGACGCUUCGUCCUGUACGGAGGACGUUUGGAGAAGACGGACCUCACCUACAGGAUCGUCCGGUUCCCCUGGCAGAUAGGUGAGGAAAAGGUUCGACGUGUCUUCCGGGAGGCGCUGAAAAUCUGGAGCGACGUCACCCCGCUCACCUUCACCGAGAUCCACAGCGGGAAGGCCGACAUCCGCAUCGACUUCACAAGGUACUGGCACGGAGACAACCUUCCCUUCGACGGCCCGGGUGGGAUUCUCGCUCACGCCUUCUUCCCCAAAACGCACCGACAGGGCGACAUCCACUUCGACUACGACGAGUCAUGGACCCUCGGAAACCACAUGGGUACGGACCUUCUCCAGGUGGCGGCCCAUGAGUUCGGUCACGUCCUGGGCCUGCAGCACUCCCGUGAGCCGGGGGCCGUCAUGUCGGCGUACUACUCCUUCUCCUACCCGCUGAAGCUGAGCGAGGACGACAAGCGAGGCAUCCAGUACCUCUACGGCGCUCAUCCUCAAGUCCUGCCCUCGCCACCACCACCGCCUCCUCCUCCUCCACCACCAUCGAACCCAGAGACCAAUGAGAUCAUCAGGAAUCCCGACGCGUGCCAGACGGACUUCGACGCCGUGUCCAUGAUCCGAGGCGAGCUGUUCUUCUUCAAGUCGGGCUACGUGUGGCGGAUCCGGGACGGGCACCUGGAGGGCGGUUACCCGGCGCUGGCGUCCCGUCACUGGAGGGGGAUUCCCGACAACAUCGACGCCGCCUUUGAAGACAAGGCGGGGAAUAUUUGGUUCUUUCAAGGUGAGAACUACUGGGUGUUUGAUGCCGAGAUGCAGAUCAAGGGUCCGGAGUCCAUCAGGAGUCUGGGUCUGUCGGUGUCGGGGAUCCAGGCGGCGCUGCGUUGGGGACACGACUCCAACUUCAACACCUACUUCUUCAAGUCGGGCAGCUACUGGAGGUUCAGCCCCAAAGAGAACCGGGUGGAGUCCGUCUACCCAAGAAGCAUGCAGGACUGGAGCGGCAUCCCCGACGACGUGGACGCCACCUUCAGGGACAUCUACGGCUACGCUCACUUCAUCCGCGGUCGACAGUACUGGAAGUUCGACCCCGUCGGCAUGAACUCUCUGGAGGGAUACCCGCGCUACAUCGGCAUGGAUUUUUUCGGCUGUAGAAACGUGUGAGUCCUUAACUCUGGAGAACCACAUCAACAGGAUCUGUUUUUAUUUGACCAUGAAGAGGAGUUUCUGGAGCAGAGACGUUUGUGUUUUCAUCCUGCGGAUUCCUUUAAACCCGUCUUUUGCUUUUACACCUUUUAUUGAAAUCUCACCUUCUUCUCAGGAAAACCAAGUAAUGUUUCCUCAGACUCGGCACCUCCUGUGCAGCUAUACUCGUAUUUAUUUUGCACAUUUGUUUUUUUGUUACCAUAAGGCUGAGAAUCUGGGCCGACGUGUUAACGACGUGUGACACCACAUCACCGCAUCACUUCCUGUCUUUGAGCCUGAAAUAUGAGAUUUUCAACUGGUGUUGGUUUUUGCAGACGUAACCAGUUCAGACUGUUUGAGGAUGUUUUUCAUUUCGAUGUCUUGUGUUUUUCAUCAUUGACGAACUCUCUGAUCCUCGAAGUGUUUGAAGAGUGACAUCAACCUUAAAUCUGCAGGAGGCAGAUGUUUAUUACGCCUUUAAAACCCAGAAAUCAUUCGACAUGAUGAUGGUAAACAAACGUCAGACGCAGUUGAUUUUAUUGCCACUCUGACUCAUCGCUGACCCUGAGUCACAACAUAUGAACACAUUGUUUUUGUCUUUCUAAGUUGCUCUUUCACUUUUAAGUUUUUGGAAAGCUGCAUGAAGGGUUUUUGUAAUUUUGACCGACUUGUUUGGGCUCCAAUCAGCUGAGCAUCCUGCUCUCAUGCUGUGUAGUCAAAAAUGUAGCGCAAAUUUUAUCUGAAUUUCUAGAUAAUAUGCACCAAAAGAAAAGGUGUGAUUUCAUCGACAAGAUAUACGGUUGCACCAAUUCACUAUUGAAUAAUUUGUCCUCUUUGGGCAUCAAACAGAUAUUUGAAUGCGUUUCAAGUGUUUUAGAUAAAGUAAUGUAUUUAUUUUUCUUAUUUUGGCAAAUGAACAAGGUUUCAGGAAGAAGAUUAAGUCUGCAAACACCUCAAUAUUUUUUUUUCUUUUGAUUUUAGACAAAAAAAUGACCUCCUUUUUAUUCCCAGACAAACACAAAAACAUUUGCAUUUCACACAAUGUGGAUAUAUUCAUGUUGGGAAGAAGAAGGAAGAUAACAUCCCUGUUGUUUCAUGUUUUGAUGUCACUCUUCCAACAUGUGAGAUGAUGUUCGAUCCCUCAGCGCUCUGCUGGGACGGUUUAAAGAAAAGCUCCAGGGCUCCACCUAGAGUGCAACUCCGUCACCCUGCAGGAGAUACUUCCUCAUAUUAAGUUUCUAUCUAUCUCACAUGUUGUUUGCUCGAUGAAGUCGUUGGUUAUCUGUAACAUUAACGUGGUGCUCUAUUCAGGUCGGUCGGUUUGACACAUUCAGGGACAGAAGCUGCUGCAGGAAUCAGCGGUUCUCGACCUCCGGAGAGUUUAACUUUCAAUCUGUUGAUGCAAAGACAAAGUCUAAAGUUAUGAUAAAUAUUACCAGCUGGUUGAAAAACAUUAACUCAAAUAUAAUUUUGAGUUACUUGUAUUUAAAUGGAGUAUUUCCAUUUUCUACUACUUUAACUAUUCCACCACAUUUCAGAGACUUUUUUAAUUACUGUUGAGAAAAACAUUUGAGAUUAAAACAUAUUAAUUUAACAUUUUGUAACUGUAAGUUUACAAAAAACAACAUACUUAAAGCACAUUUUGCUGAAAAUAAUUCAGUACUUUAUUUUAAAUUAUGCAGGACUUUUACUUGUAAAAGAGUAUUUUUUCUACACUGUUGUACUGGUACUUUUACUUUAAGAGUAACUAAAACCCUUUUUUGCUGAAGUACCUUUUCCCCUGAAAAAAGAAGCCUUUUAACAUAAAAAGCAGCACAUUAACUGCAGGGUUCGGUCUGUGUUACUUUAACAUUUAGACUUGCUAGCACGCUCUCUGUUAUUGUGAUUAUCGUUAUUCAUCGGCUAACUGAAAGAGGGUAACGGCUACUCUUCAAAAGCUGCCUCCAAAUAUGAAGCCUGGCUAGUAGCUACAUUAAAUUGCUACCAGUAGAGGGCAGUCACUCUGCAAACGUGUAAAACAAUCUGUAUAAUUCAAAUACCUUGCAAUAAAAUGUCAAGACUAGGACCUGAAUCCAUCAACUACACUACUAAAUACACAUAUAUGUUGGAUUUCAGCCAAUGAGAGUUAAAGGAUCUCACGGACCUGGUAAACUCAUGUUCUGACCUCUUUGUGGGUCCGGUCCCCCGGGUUGAGAACCUCUGCGUCCCGGUUGCAGCAGUAGAGAGGUGAAGGCUCAGUAGAGACUGUGGUGUUCAUCAGAUGUUAGGCUUCAGUGCAGGACGCUGACGAGUCGUUAUCGUUUUCAUCGUUCAGACUUUGUUGCUGUUGUUUGAAUUAUUUCUACAACUCAAGUGUUAAUCAGUGAACGAAUAUUUAUACACAAACAACUCAGCACAAGUUUGAUGUACAUACAUGUCUUUGAAUAUUGUUUUUUUUUUUUUUGUACCUGUAGCCUUGUACCUGUACAUUGAAAUGUAUG